AUGCAAUCAUACGCCGACCAGGAGAUAUAUACAUUAUCACGUCUAUGGAGAGAUACGGGCUAUCUCUCUCAGACCAUGACAAAUGGACAAUUAUUCUCUCUCUUACUCAUUGUCCUUUCUUUCUCUCUCACUUUUCCCCUUUUCUUUCUUUUUCUUUACACAAAUUCAAUUUCACACACAGUCCAGCUGCAACAGAGAUAUAUACUUUCUUCCUACACUCUGGUCUUCUCUUUUCUUUUCUUUCUUCUUCUUUACACAGUUCAGCUUCAAACACGGUCCGGCUGCAACAGAUAUAACCUUCUCUCUGGUUUCUCUUUUCUUUCUUCAAACACAAGGUGUAUUCUCAGCGUACAAAUUCCCUUGCGUCUUCUUACUCGUAUCUAUCUAUCUAUCUAUCUAUCGAUCUAUCUAUCUCAGAACAGUCCAUUAUCUAUCUAUCUAUCUAUCUAUCUAUCUAUCUAUCUAUCUAUCAAACACAGAACUACCAAUAUCUAUCUAUCUAUCUAUCUAUCUAUCUAUCUAUCUAUCUAUCUAUCUAUCUAUCAAACUCAUAAAGGUCCAUUAUCUAUCUAUCUAUCUAUCUAUCUAUCUAUCUAUCUAUCUAUCUAUCUAUCAAUCACAGAACUACCAAUAUCUAUCUAUCUAUCUAUCUAUCUAUCUAUCUAUCUAUCUAUCUAUCUAUCUAUCUAUCAAACACAGAACUACCAAUAUCUAUCUAUCUAUCUAUCUAUCUAUCUAUCUAUCUAUCUAUCUAUCUAUCUAUCAAACACAGAACGAUCAAUAUUUAUCUAUCUAACUAUCUAUCUAUCAAACACAGAACGAUCAAUAUCUAUCUAUCUAUCUAUCUAUCUAUCUAUCUAUCUAUCUAUGCAAUACAGUGUUUAUAAAUCUAACAUCAUCUUCAAUUCAACUGAACUAUUCUCAGAUCAAUAUAAAACCGAAACUGAAAUAGCCAGACAUUUUUACCCUCCUCACCAAAGGUUGCAUCGACACUGUUUUUUGUUUUAA